ACUGAUUAUAAAUCAAAAUCUCACGAAUUCUGGUCGUGACUGCAACUCGUGCAGCGCUAAUGGGUUACUAUAUAUUUGAGUCUAUUUCACGCUCUCAAAACUUGAGUAGACAUUCAGUGACAUACUAAAUAGACAAUGUUUUCAAAUAUAGCUUGUCUUAGUUUUUUAAAUGUACGAAUGCCGGCCCUUUUGGCCAAACGAACAUGGAAUUCAACGAAAUACGUUAAAAUAUCGCCUCAGGGGAAAAAGCAAAAGUUGGAGAGCGACGCCGUUACAUUCUCACCAUCACUGAGUCCUGAGCAACUUGAACGGAUCUCCAGAAACAAAAAGGCGGCUCUGGAACGGCUCGCUGCACACCAAGCUGCUCCGGACGGGAUCGGAGAGAGCUGGAAGAAAGCGCUCACCGCAGAAUUCGGAAAGAACUACUUUAAGUCAUUGAUGUCUUUUGUCGCUGAGGAGAGGAAAAAACACACCAUCUAUCCACCUUCACAUGAAGUCUUCACCUGGACACGAACUUGUGACAUACAAGAUGUGAAGGUUGUGAUACUUGGCCAGGACCCGUAUCAUGGGCCAAACCAGGCUCAUGGGCUUUGCUUCAGUGUUCAGAGACCUGUGCCACCUCCACCAAGCUUGGUGAACAUAUUCAAAGAACUGGCUUCAGACAUCAACGGCUUUGAGCAACCCGGUCAUGGAGAUCUUACUGGAUGGGCAAAUCAAGGAGUUCUGUUGCUGAAUGCUGUGCUGACUGUGCGUGCACACCAGGCCAACUCUCACAAAGACAAGGGCUGGGAGAUUUUCACAGAUGCUGUGGUACACUGGCUCAGCACUAACAUGGAGGGUCUUGUUUUUAUUCUCUGGGGCUCUUAUGCUCAAAAGAAAGGGGCUGCAAUUAACAAGAAACGACACCAUGUUCUGCAAGCUGUCCAUCCCUCGCCACUGUCUGCUCACCGUGGCUUCUUCGGAUGUAAACAUUUCUCAAAGACCAAUGAACUACUAAAGAAGUCAGGAAAGAAGCCCAUUGACUGGAGCGCUUUGUGAUGGUUUCCCGGUCUUGUAGAUGGAAUGCUGUUUGUCCUGUUUCAAAAGUAACCUUUGUUUUUUUUAUUUUCAUUUCCUGCAAAAAAUUAUCAGUGUGUUGGUUCUGAAUACAUAUAUAUAUUUUUUCCUUUCCAAUAAAUGUUUUCCAUACCCGAAGGGUAGGUAAAUAGUUUAUUUUAAUUACUUUUACUUUAUCGCUGUUCAUUUCCAUCUACUUUUCUGCAUUUAUCCCUUUGAUGUAGUCAAAUGUACAACACUAACAACAGUGAAUGUUUUCGUGUUUAUGUUUGUUAACACAAUAAACUAUUUUUCUACUGAA